CUAGUAACAAGUUGUGAAGUGUGAAGUGGCCACCUCGUAAGCACUUAGCAGCCUCACAUUUUGGAGAAGUUAAUCAAAUUAAAGUAGUGGUGCACGUUAUCCACCAGACAGAGAGCACGAGAGGAGAGAGAAUGACAAUAUCUGUUUUCUCAGUUCCGACGCCUCAGUUUUGCACCUACAAAUACUCGUGGCCAACUCCCACUUACCCUUCUCUUUCUUUUUCUUCUUCCUCCAAGUUAACCGUUCCUCUAUGCUCUCCUUCCACUCCAACUUCUGUUAUCGAAGAGGGUCCUUCACCUUCAGCAGAUGAGCUUCCCGUUGUUGGUCAAUCAGAAUACGCGAGUGGUUGCAAGGCAUGUGGGAGAGAAGAAGUGGAGAAAGAAUGCAAUGGUGAAGGAAGAAUUCAGGGUGGAAUAGCAACAGUACCGGGCUUUGGGUGGUGGCCCAUAAAGGCUUACAGGCCAUGCCCGGCAUUUGUGGCAUCUGGCGGUAGGUAUAGGCGACAAGGACAAAGCAUGGACGAGGUUGCCUUCGGACGUGGUGGAGCACCCUCUGUGGGAACUGCCACUGACUCAAACCCAAGUAACAAAAAGGAAGGUCCGAAGAAAUCUAAGAGAUAAACUUUUCAGUCGUCGAUUUAUUGAGAUGGCAAAAGCAAGAGCUUUAAGGAGGAUGGGGUAAAUAAAAUGUCGGUGAUGUUUUGGUCUGCUACAAAUGUUAAAUUCAAUAUUCUGCAAGGAUUAUGGAAGUCUAUGUACGUCUUAUAAAUUGCAUUGGGAAAUAGGGUGAUGCCAUAUAACAAGUUAUUUCUUCUUCGUUUGGUACCGUAGUCGUAAUUUUCAAAUACAUGUUCUUAACUUUUAUCCAACCAUACUCUUUUUCGAUGUGCACCAAAAUUUUCAGUCAAGUUUAUGCUCCACAGUGAUUAGUAUUAACCUCAUGUUUGUGAACUUAUCUAUAUUAAUAUAAAUCUCUUCGGCUGUCA